CCCACUACCAUUGGCUGGGGGCUUGUCGUGCCGUAGUGGCUUUCCACCAACGCCAGCCACAUAAACUAUGAAGCUGUUUGUGACGUCAUAUAUAUCCUUUGAUAAGGACCCGUGGGAACAUUUGGCUACCGAAGGCAACUGCAUUGAUAAACACAUUACCAAGCUAGCAAAGCUGAGCGAAUGUCUCUAUUGUGGUGCGAAGGUGUUUUGAAUGUAACUUGGUUUAUCCUCGACGGAAAAUGACAACGACGGUGUUGAUUGUGAUUCUCUUUUGUUUGUUGGAUUUGAGCGCAUCUUUAAAGAAUUCAACCUUCUUCUCAAAAGAAGCGGAACUUGUCUCUAUUUUGUUGGACGGCUACAGCGCACGGGUACGCCCCCGAGAUAAGAAUGGUAAAACAAAAGUGAACGUUGGGAUAACUUUAAGCCAAAUCAUGAGUUUGAGUGAAAAGUCGGAAGUGAUGAUGUCAUCGAUGUACAUGACGUAUACUUGGGUGGACCCGAGGUUCUCAUGGAACGAGAGUAAAUAUGAUGGAAUACUUGUCACCAGGAUUUCAGUGGAUCGUAUUUGGGUUCCAAAUAUCAUAAUUAAGAACAGCAAAGAACGAAAUUUAAAAGAAUCCCUGAGAGUGAAUGCAUUGGUGUUUCAUAAUGGCUCGGUACAAUGGCUUCCUCCUGCUAUUUAUAAAACAUCGUGCACCAUGGAUGUGACUCUCUUCCCAUUUGAUUGGCAGAAUUGUUCAAUGGUGUUCCGCUCCGCUGAUCACGACCAAUCAGAAAUGAUAUUUGGUUUAAGCUAUGGAAGUUCAAUAUGGGUUGACAAACAUGUUUACAUUAAAAAUGGAGAGUGGGUCCUUUAUCAAAAGCCUGCAUAUGUGGUUGAAAAGAAAAGCGAUGAACAGUUCCAAGAAGUUUGGUUUACUGUCAUUCUUUGUAGGAAACCUCAGUUCUAUGUUCUCAAUAUGCUGUUGCCUUGUGUUAUGAUAUCAAUCCUUUCAUGCUUUGUUUUUCAUUUGCCUGUUGUUGCAGGUGAAAAGAUUGGUUUAUCGAUAUCUCUUCUACUGGGUGACACAAUUUUUGUGUUUUUGUUCGCACAAAGAAUGCCUUCUACUGCUCUUACUGUACCGCAUGUUGCCACGUACUUGUUGUUUUCAAUGAUUCUCCUAUUUCUUUCUAUUUUCUGUUGUGUUGUGGUCUACAACUUUCACUUUCGUUCCAAUGUUACCCACGAGAUGCCACGGGUUUGGAAGUGGUUGUUUUUUGAUAAAUUUGCACCUUUACUUGGAUUGCAGCAGCCACACCGUAAAGAAAAAGUGCAAAGCAACAAAUUUGCAGAAACAAGCAGCAGUCGGAAUGAUUUCAUAGCCAAAACAAUUUCGCAGAAUUAUAUGAUGCAAAAGUCACCAAGUGAGCAGAUGUACCUGACACAGGCUCCACUAUACGGAUUUAGAUCAAGACAAAAAAGACUUGUAGAUAUAAAUGGUGGAUUGUCUGCAAUUCCUAUUGCUAUAAAACCAGUGUCAGAGUCGGUUAAAACAGCUUUGCGAGAAACUGAAAAUGUGACCGCCCACUUUAAAAAAAUAAAAGCUCAACGAAGGGCAAGGCAUGAUUGGAUUUAUUUUGCCUUCAUUCUCGACAGACUAUUGAUGUGGUUGUACAUGUUUGCGUUUGUGGUUGGUUCGCUGAGUUUUGUUGUGCUUGUGGCAACUGAAAAUUAUCCUGAGAAUAUUGUGGCAGCUGAAAAUGAUAUGAAAGAUCUGUGAUUGUAUUCCAUGUGGUAGAUCCAGCAGCGUGGCAUGGGUCAUGGGAUUUAGACCAGGAUUGGCCAAGUAUCAUAACUUGAACAACAUUUAUUACAUGUGAUGUAUUCUUUACUAAAAACAGAAUAUUAAUAUUUUUUCAGCUUGCUCUAAAGUCCAAAAUUUAUCCAACAGUUUAUAAUAGUACUUGAUAGUUUGGUACACAUUAGCUAAGAUCAUAAAAUCACAAAUUAAAUUGGGUAUAUUUACUCAAGAGGAGGAAUUAAAACCAUAACAAAAGUACUAUAAGAAUAACAAAUAAAAAGCGUGUUUGCUAAGUUCAAUAUAUUUCUAUUUUUCAUUUCGUGCUUAUUGUUAAAAAAUAUAUCCAAGAUACAAAAAAAA